AUGUUCGUACGGCCAAUGUCACAGCAGUAGGAGGAGUGACCUGUCUGGUCGUGGACAGAGAGUCGUUCAUGCAGCUGAUAGGAGGGCUUGAUGACGACAGCAGCAGACACAACGAGAGUGACGAGCUCAAGGCCAAGUUGGAGGCAGAGGCAGUGUUUUUCUCCACCGUGUCUCUCAACGAUUUCCACGUCAUCUGCACCCUCGGAGUUGGAGGCUUCAGUCGCGUCGAACUGGUGCAGUUGAAGAGUGACACCAGCAGGUCGUUUGCUAUGAAGGUUCUGAAGAAGCGUCACAUUCUGGACACCAGUCAACAGGGCCACAUCCUCUCAGAGAGACGCAUCAUGAUGGACGCACACGGCCCCUUCACCGUCCGGUUGUAUCGGACGUUUAGGGACUCUAAGUAUCUGUACAUGCUGCAGGAGGCCUGUCUGGGAGGAGAACUGUGGACUCUACUGAGUGCCAGGGGUUCGUUUGAGGACGGCACCACACGGUUCUAUACAGGCUGUGUUGUAGAGGCUCUGGCCUUCCUCCAUGUUAGAGGCAUCAUCUACAGAGACCUCAAACCUGAGAACAUCAUACUGGACCACCGAGGAUACGCCAAACUGGUGGACUUUGGCUUUGCUAAGAAGGUGGGUCUGGGUCAGAAGACGUGGACGUUCUGUGGGACUCCAGAAUACGUGGCCCCAGAGAUCAUCCUGAACAAGGGACACGACAUCUCUGCUGACUGCUGGUCCCUGGGGAUACUCAUCUAUGAACUGCUCAGCGGCAGUCCUCCGUUCUCUGGUUCUGACCCUAUGAACACCUAUAACAUCAUCCUGAGAGGAAUCGACAUGGUGGAGUUCCCCAAGAAGAUCUCCAAGAGUGCUGCCAACCUCAUCAAACGCCUCUGCAGGGACAACCCAUCUGAGAGGGUGGGGAACCAGAAGAAUGGGGUGAAGGACAUCCAGAAACACAAGUGGUUUGAAGGUUUCAAUUGGGAGGGACUCCGACAGACAACUCUGGCCCCUCCUUUCACUCCUACUGUGGAGGGUCCACUGGACACCAGAAACUUUGACUGCUUCCCCGAUGACAGCGAGGCCCCGCCCCCAGACGAGGAGUCCGGCUGGGACCUGGAGUUCUGA